AUGGCACCCAACGUCCUCGUUGUCCUCACCUCGCAGGGAGAAAUCCCCGCCAACCGCGCCCGCACGGGCUGGUAUUUGCCGGAAUUCGCCCACCCCCACAACGUCCUCCACAACAAAGUCUCCCUGACCAUCGCCUCCCCCAAGGGCGGCGAGGCCCCGCUGGACCCGAGCUCGGUCAAGGCCUUCGAAGCCGACCCCGUGUCGACGACCUUCCUCGAGGAACAGAAGCCGCUGUGGACGAACACGCACAAGCUGUCGGAGAUGCUGCCGCGGGCGGGCGAGUUUGAUGCUAUUUUCUAUGUUGGGGGCCAUGGCCCAAUGUUCGACCUCCACUCUGACCCCACCUCCCUAGCCCUAAUCCAAACCUUCGCCGCCGCCAAAAAACCCGUCGCCGCCGUCUGCCACGGGCCCGCCGUGCUGCUGAACGCCACCGCCCCCUCGGGCCUGCCGCUGAUCGCCGGCGCCACGGUGACCGGGUUCUCGAACACCGAGGAGGACCAGGCCAACAUGUCGGCCGUGAUGCCGUUCCUGCUGGAGACGGAGCUGGCGCGCGUGUCGGGCGGGCACUAUGUCAAGGCUGCGGAGCCGUGGGCUGAGAAGGUGGUUGUGGCGCGCACGGCGGGGACGGAUUCUGUGUUGAUUACGGGGCAGAAUCCUGCUAGUGCUACUGGGGUUGGGAAGGAGAUUCUUAAGGCUUUGGGUCUUUGA